UGUUUGGUCGUGUUUGCUAAGUAAUGAAUUAUUAAAUGAAAACCGUUUAGGAUGUACGUGGUUAAGGGAUGAAUAAGUGAUCCAAACACGCGAAUCACUCAUAUUCUAGUCGGCAAGUAUGAUAGGGCCCGAAGCUUGCACAAUAUAACAAGUGUUGUUGCUUUUGAGGGCUGAGGGCUUUGAUCAGCGUUUGAUGAAAAGAUCAUCAUGGUGAAUACACCUGUUCAGCGUCUAUCCUCUGGUAGUUUUGAAUGUCUGGGGAGUGACAGUUGUGCAGGUUGUCAAGAUGAGACUGGCAAUCACUGCAGCAAUCAAGCUGAACAUUACUGGUACAGAAGUGGUGCAACAUUUGAAGGCCAUGUAAAAGAUUAUAAGAAAACAGGGCGUGGCAUUUUCACCUGGCCGAACGGAGCUCGUUAUGAAGGAGAUUACUGUGAGAACAAAAGGAAUGGGAAAGGGCUGGAAGUUUGGCCUGACGGGAGCAGGUAUGAAGGAGACUUUGUUGAUGAUUUACGCCAUGGAGAAGGUCACCACACCUGGCCCAAUGGGGAGUCGUACCAGGGGACGUUCUUCCAUGACAGACGGCAUGGCAGCGGAACAUACACCUGGCCUAACAACUCCUCAUACACUGGUACAUUCCACAUGGACAGGAGAGAGGGUUAUGGGAGCUUCAGGUUUGCAAGUGGAAACAUGUUCGAGGGUUUGUACAAAGACGAUUCUCGUCUGGGCCCAGGGGUACUGACCUACCCUGAUGGACACCAAGAUGUUGGGAUAUGGCGUGGGGAGAAGUUAAUCAAGAUGUGCACAGCAGUAACUGGGGCCUUUUCCAUCACGCACCAUCCAGAGUUUGGCUGUAACCUUGACGAGCAUGUGGCGUAUCUGGAAGACCAGGAGGUGUCAUUACCUGCCUCCCAGAACAACGGGUUGGGAGAGGACGGAGAAGCGGACAUCUCUGCGAAAAUGCUACAUUUCUAUAAUGACACUUUGGAUCCCCGAAGCUUUGCUGUGAACAGAGAUCUCUUUGAUAAAGAGUUCUUCAAAGGCAGAGAAUCAAAUGCACAGAAAACUCAGUCUGAGAAACAUGUGGUUUGGAACAAGAGUCCAUCAAUGAUUGAUUUGCAAAGGCAUAUUCUUAAUCACCAGUUCAGAGAAGCGUCUGUGUCCUUUGAUGUGGGCAGGAUUCUGGCGGGUGACCGCAGUAAACAUCGUGGAAAAGGUCCCCUGGAAAUAGCAUCAGAGAGACUGUUGAUGGCUUCUAUGUCAGGAAACCACAAAGCCGUCCUGGAUUUGCUGGAUAAGGAGAAUGUCCAUGUGAAUGUUUGUGAUAAGCAUGGACACACACCGCUGAUUGGUGCAGUGGUAAAUGUGCACAUACCCAUUGUAAACUCCUUGCUGGACUACGGGGCUGAUGUGAACAGGCUGAAUGAUGAGGGUUGCUCUGCCUUAUCUGCCCUCUGUGUGUAUUUCUACCCUGUAGAGUCCUUCCUGUUUAAUGUGGCAGAAACUUACUCAUGGAAACCUGAUGAAAAAAAAGGUGAAAACAGUGCUAAGGAAAUCUGCAUUGAUGAGCACACUGUAGAGGAACAGGCAGAUGCUAGUAAGGCCUGCUCCAGCACAGGCAUGGAGGCGGAGUUAGCUAAAUUGAGGGAGGCAGAUACUCCUGUUGCGGUCAAAUCAACAUGUGAUAGCAAAAUCAGCAUGGACAGUGGCUUGCCAGCUUCAGCGUUAAGAGGUGAACUGCCAUCGGAAAUUAAGCAAGCAGGAAAAGACACUAGUGAAAUAUCCUGUGAAUCAAAUAUCAAAGAGAGUGUGACAGCGGCUGACAGUAAUAAGCUCCACCCAAUUCGGAAGGAUGAAGAUGGUGAUUCAGCCUUAGAGAGUGAAGAAGAAUAUACGGCAAGUUCUAGUGCCUUGGUGUCCCCUGAGGAUUUUGCAUCAGGUAACAUUGUUCGAAAUUAUCCAAUAGAAGUGCCGAAGUCUAUCCUGGAGAGAUGCGCAACAGACUUGAGCCAAAAUGAGCGGGUGGUGAGCGGUCGGCGGUCACGUGAUGCGAACAGUGCAGCAGAGGGGACAGCUCGUUUCUUGGCCAUACAGAUAUCUGAACGAGAACUGAUGAAGAAGACAUUGGACCUUCUGUUACGACGUGGUGCUGACCCAAGUGUGGCCUCUGUACCAAUGCCUGUCCUGUUCUCUGCUAUAAAGGCUGCUGACGUAGAGGUGGUAAGGACGUUGUUAGAGAAGGGGGCAGGGACCUCAGCCAAACUGACGCCACAGAAAGGAGGCCUGUCCCCCCUGCACAUUGCUGUGGCUAUCCCGGGGAUAGAAGGAGUUCAGAUUACAGAGCUACUGCUGGAGGCUCAGGCAGACCCUAAUGUGCGGGCAAUAGAUGACAAUACCUACCUUAAUACCUUCCUGGCAGAAGAGUGGUCCAAAGAUGUGAUAGAGGAAGAACAGCAGGCUCUCCUAGGGGGGAGAACUCCGCUUCACAUUGCGUGUUCAAGAGAUGAUAAUAACAAGAAUGCCUGCAGAGUGGUCAGACUGUUGCUAGAGUAUGGUGCCAAGUCGGAUCUCUUGUGUAAGGGCUUCUCUCCCCUUGCUCUGGCUAUCACCAGUGGAAAUGACCUGGCAAUUGACGAGUUAUUGUUCCACGGUGCCAACCCAAGUUUACAGCUGACUCACGGAGUCGGCAGUGCUCUCUGUGUUGCUUCAUCCACUGAAUACGAACACAGACGAACUGUCACACAGCAGCUAGCUCUGAUUGAUAAGUUAGUAAAGGCUGGUGCUAACAUCUUGAAUCCGAUACCAGUUGGACCCAAAAGGUUACAGGGAACUGCCGUGGAUUACGCAUUUUACGUGUUCAAUCAGGAUCGUGUGAUAGCUCACAUGCCGUAUCACGCCCUUACUUACGCCGAGAGAGACAGGUUCAACAGCAGGAAAAAAGUGCUGGGGCACCUUGGGGCCAUACUGAGGAAGAAAGCCAUGGAUCUUGAGAGAGAAAGACGACAGAGAGAAGACAGUGCUGAUGGCAAAACCCAGAGUCCAACUCUGAGUGGACGGUCAGGUCAUGGGGAUGGCAGGGUGACCUUCAAGUGUAACAAGAGGCAGGAUAAGAUUAAACCUGUGAUACAAGAAAGGAAGCCCCUGUUUAAGUAUUGUUACGAGUGUGGCCGCUCUGUGGGUGUCAGGCUGACUCCAUGUACACGAUGUAAAGAGGUGUUCUACUGUAGUAAAGCCUGUAAACUCAAGGCCUGGACUGCCAGGCACAAACAGGAGUGUGUCUGUAUUACAGGGGUGUCGCGCAAAACUACGAGUCCGCCUCGGAGGGGGCGCAGUGCAAGCCCCACCCCUAAAACUGUGCCGGCGAAACAAACCAAGCCCAAAGACUUUAAGAUUACCGUUCCUUGGAAGGGGAGGAGUAAAAGUGCCAAGGUGGAGCGUCGAAAGGUGUAUGUGGAUAGCUUGGGUCAUGUGAUCACCUCAGUUGAAGCUCUUCACAUGCCAGAUGCCAAGCAAAUUUAUAUGGAUAACUACAGCUUUGUGUGAAGCUCAUGAGUGGUGCAAGCAGAAUCCAAUAGCAGAUAAUGGUAUGGACUGUAGAAAGAAAUGCUGUGAAUGCUGCAUGAGUACUUUAGUAGGUUUCCAGGCUGAGUUAGUGUUAUGUCAUAGGAUUACACUGUGCUACAAUUUUGUUUAUGACCUGAAAUUUUGAUCCUGUCACUAAGGAAACGGUUGUAGAUGUACAUGUUAGUGAAUGACAGUUGUGUCGUUGCCGUCAGUUCAUGGACCUAAAUGUUAGUGUAUGACAGGUGUGUCGUUGUCAUCAGUUCAUGGAUCUAAAUGUUAGUGUAUGACAGUUGUAUCGUUGUCGU